GUCAGCUUGUCAGGAAGGACUCUUCUGCAUGGAGUUUGUUUGUUAUGGUGUUUGAUGAAUCAAGAACGUUGUUUAAAAAAACAAAAAUUAUUUUAUUGUGGUGUACUACAGUAUCUGCAUGCUUCAAGGUCACAGUGAAAUUGUACAGCACUAAUAGUAAGGCACAGGGUUGCUUCUUGAACAACAUCGAUUGCUAUGAUCAGCCUAAAUGUAUAGAGAAGCGAGAAGAGCCAAAGAAGGCUCUUAUGUUCUGCUGCUGUGAGGGUGACAUGUGCAACCGCAACUUUACAUGGGAGCCUGUCUCUACCCACCCUCCACCCAGUCCAGUGCCAAAGCCUAUUACCAAUAGGAGCGAGGACGGACUGGAUGUAGUGGUAUAUACGUUGGUGCCUGUCCUUAUUCUUGCCAUCAUCAUUGCUAUUGUCUAUUGGUUCUACCGUCAGCGCAAGCUUGCUUACUUCAAUGAGCUUCCCACAAUUGAACCGCACCCAUUACCUCCACCCUCGCCACUUUUGGGUCUACGCCCCAUUCAGCUUCUGGAGAUUAAAGCCAGGGGACGUUUUGGUGCUGUGUGGAAGGCUCAGUACAAGACUGAUACAGUUGCAGUUAAGAUAUUCCCUAUACAGGAUAAACAGUCAUGGUUGUCUGAGCAAGAGAUUUUUAAGCUGCCACACAUGGACCAUGAGGAUAUCCUGCGAUAUAUUGGAGUGGAGAAACGUGGAGACAAUUUACAGGCAGAAUUUUGGCUAAUUACUGCUUUCCAUGAGAAGGGUUCACUGUGUGACUACCUCAAAGCUAAUAUUGUCACCUGGACUGAAAUGUGUCGCAUUGCCGAGUCUAUGGCCAGGGGACUAAUGCAUCUGCAUGAGGAGGUUACGGCCAACAAAGCAGAUGGCUACAAGCCAGCCAUUGCACACCGGGACUUCAAGUCUAAGAAUGUCCUACUGAAGUCCGACUUGACAGCCUGCAUUGCAGACUUUGGACUGGCUCUUAUCUUCCAGCCUGGGAAGCCAUGUGGUGACACACAUGGUCAGGUAGGAACACGGAGAUACAUGGCUCCUGAAGUUUUGGAAGGUGCCAUAAACUUUUCGAGAGAUGCGUUCCUUCGCAUUGAUAUGUAUGCCUGUGGCUUGGUACUCUGGGAGCUGGUAUCUAGAUGCACAGUUCAGGAGGGUCCUAUCCCAGAGUAUAUGCUUCCAUUUGAAGAGGAGGUGGGGCAACAUCCAACUCUUGAAGAUAUGCAGGAGUGUGUAGUACAGAAGAAAAUGAGACCCGCCAUCAGAGAGACAUGGCGCAAACACUCGGGUCUGGUGGCUCUUUGUGACACAAUGGAGGAAUGCUGGGACCAUGACGCAGAAGCACGGCUGUCUGCCUCGUGCGUUGUGGAGAGAGUGGCACUACAAUCUCGCUUACUGCCCACAGCUUUUACAACCAUCAGAAUGAGCCCUCUUGGCAGCGAAACUCCACAUAAAGAGUCCAGCAUGUAGAGACCUCAGCAUGCUUUGGACACUGGCACUGAGAUUGUUGCAGAACUAAAGUAAAUAGGACACAAGAUGAGCAGAGAACUGGCUUGAGAUCACUCAUUAAGAGUGUUUGUGGUAGCCUGAUAUCGCUGAGCGAUGGAAGUGACAUGUAUGGCGUAGGCAGAUGACAACAUGACAACAGAUACAAGAACCAGCAGUGGAUACAGGAAUGGGGGACAAAGGAUAUUAGAGAUGACAGUUUGCAAAGUAGACGGAUAUCGAGGGCCUGCUGCACUGUUUGGUGGAUGGACUUUUUUUAUCUUUUGAACAUUUACUUAAGUGAAAUUACAUUUAUUGUUCAUUCUUUUGCCAGGCAAACAUUUGAAUUGUGUGUCACUCAUUAUUCAGUUGUGAUGUUGUGUUGCGUGAAUAUUUAUUAGUGUGUUGACAUUUUACCCAUCCUUCAGCCUGUCCUUUGCUGUAGUGCAAUUCAGUAGACUUGGUAAUGCAUGUGUUCUUUUGCAUCAUGUUUCCCUCUUACUACUUUCAAAUAAUCACAACUCAACUAGUUGUCAUUCUUUCAUUACAUAUUUCGCAGUUUAUUACUUGAGGGGAAUGAAAUAUAUUUGUAAGAUUAUAUACUUUAUUUUACACAACUUGCAAGGCCUUGCAAAUGCAAUAUUAAUCUUUUUAAUCCAGCAGUUAGGUAUUUUAUAGAUGAGGGUUGUAAAUGUUGGAAAAUGCAAUAUAGGAUUUUCUUCACCAUGUUCCUAUAUGCCCGCAUAUUGCCAUAUUCUCUUCCACAAACUACUUGUUACAAGAGGUUUGGAAUUGCCUUUCCACUCCCAUGUAAUUAGACCAGAUCAAUGCCUCAGUACAAGUUAAUACAUAUACCUCCUGUUUGUUACAUGUUUGCAAUCAUUCCGUUAACUACUACACUUAAGUCUCUUGGUUUUAUUUUAUUUUUAAUGCAUUGUAAUAGUUACGACUGUAAACAGUUCUGUAAUCUGCAGUCCAUCCUGAUUACUGGUCACGUUAUGGUGUUCACUUAGACCUUUAAUUUUCAGGGUACUUAAUAUUAAUAUGAACAUGAGAGAAAAUGAUAUUUAAAACUUGGUAUAGUUCAUUUUAUUUAAAAGUUAUGUAUAUUGCAGGUCAUUGCAAGAAUAAUCAACAUUAUCGUUGUUUAAGGCUGUAGGUGUUCUGUAUUAUUAUUGCUGUUUUAUUGUAUUUCAUAUAUAAUAAUGCAUUGUCCAGACUGAAUCAGAGUUAAUAGUUAAUUUUAAUAUGUUUAUGCACUGGUAAAUAAGGUACAGACAAUUCAGUUGUCCAGUUUGUUUCCUAGGCACGCCGAUUCCGACAUCAGCCAUGUUUCGUAAUAGUUUUAGGGUGCUACAUUUUCUGUUCCCUUUGAAUAAUGUGUAAUAGACUGGUAGUUGACAAACAUACUCUCAGUUAAGGUACGUGGAUGAAACUGUGGCACCUCGAAGGUGCAGAGUUAUUACACCCCUUCAGUUGUUUAAAUUUGGAAGUGGUUUCCUUAAUUGCACAUUCCAUUUGUGUUUCAUACUUGAAAGGUUCUUGGCUUACUUGCCGUACCUCUUGAUUCCACUGUGCACACCAGGCAAUAACCAUUUUUAACCACAUCUGCUCUACAUAAUUGUAAUGGCUAUGCACAUGUAGGAAUGUCUGAAGUAGACGUAACAUUCAAGUAAAAAAAAAAUAUAUGGAAAUUUGUACCAAUUUAACCCUUUAAAGCCCAUGUGGUGUCAAUAUGUACCACCUUCUUCAACAAUCAGUAACUGUGCAUUUUGUGUAUGUGUUUCGUAUGAUUGUCAGUGAGAACUGUUUGCUUUUACAUACAAACCGAAUUCUUAAAUAAUAGUUAUAUGAGCUUCAUCUUCAAGGUGUUAAAAGUAGUAUUCUAUUCAAAAAUAACUACUAUAAAUAUUACUGAUGAGUAGAGGAGAAACAUAUGAAGGGAUCUGUAAUUACUGUGAAUAAGCAGUUGAGAGCGUUAAUGAAUAAAGGACAGACUUGUUUUCUGAAUUGGUACAACCCUUGAAAUAAUGUGUUUCUAUGUGUAAGGAAGCCACUUUAAAGAGGGCAGCAUUUUUAAAUUAUAAAGUUCUUUUUGAAAUCAGUUCAGAAACUUCAUGAUCAUAUUCAUACAUUAUUUAUGGUAUUUUAAUAUUUAAUAGAUAAUAAUAUGAUUUUUUUAGAACAGAGUAUAGCUUCAAGCUAGAGGUGUGUAGUGUUUACAGCAAAUCAUGUUGAGUAAAGGUUUUCAAAGUAUGCUGACAAAGGGGUUAAACAAGCUAGACAUUUGCCUAUUGUCCUGUCUCUAGCCAUGGCUUCAGCUGAUGUGCCCAAUUCUGUCAUCGAUGCAGGUUUAAUAAUUAUGAUAUUUUCUUAUUAAGAAAAAUGUUUGUUAUUUCCUUAAUGUGUGUUCCAGGCAAGUAUUUAAGCUUGGCAUCUGUGUGGUCAGGCAUAAAAAAAUAUUAUUUGUGUUUACAUGUCAUUUUAUAGAACAAAAGUUUUGCUAAAAAUAGAGAACCUUUCUAUAUAAGAAAGGAUAACAUAGACUUUGUUUCUGUUAACAAGAUAUAUUAAUGCCAUAUAAUGUAUGCAGUUGAAAGAUGUUAAAUAAACUGAGGGUCUGGUCUGUUUUUUAUGUGUAGUGUCAAACUGGUAAACAGAAGACUUGUGAUGAUUGAUUGACUUAUAAGAUUAAAGUGCACGGAAGUGUUAAGAUUUUAUAUUUGGUGCUCAGUAAGAAGAACUUAAGUUGAGCCUAAUUUGUAAUGACUUGAGCCCUUCCCAGAAAGCACAAAAAUGUAGAACUGAAAAAAGUUUUAUAUUUUUAAGAAAUAUUUAGAGAUGAAAUGAUAAUUUGAAUUAUGAUUUUUUUUAAAUGAGGAGUUCAUUAAACAUGAUACCUGUGAAGAUUUUGAAGAUGCAAGUUCUUUCCCCCUUAUUAUUAGGACACAAAGUUUAUGUAUGGCUUUCAUUGCCAAUAUUUGUACUAUAUUACAUGAAUAGCCAGUUUCCAAGAAGUGUUUGAACCAUAGUUUGGACUUCAGUUUUUUUCAAUGGGAAUUAUAUUGAUUUGUCCUUAUUAUGAAACUGCUUCUUGUGUAGUGUGUUCACAGUCUUUGCAUUGAGUUUAGUAAAUUCCACGCAAAUUAUUAAUUUUCUGAAUAUAACUAUUAAGCAGAAAUAAUUAUUCUGAAUCAAAACAGAACUUCUUGUAAAUGUGCUCUCCACCUUCUCCUGUUCUACUCUUCUCCUAGACACACACACACAUAUCCAAAUUUUCAUUAUGAAACAUUUCUGAUUUGAAUUUUAGUUGAACUUGCCCUUAAAAGGAAGAUUUGAACUUGACAGAAUAUGAUUUAUAGAUGCCCAUCAAUACAUACGAAAUACAAAUUAUGCUAGAAGAUGCAGACACGAAGAGCUUGAGAGUUGCUAACUAUUUAUAUGAAAGGACAAAAAAUAGAUUCACUGUUGUGUGACAAGUGCAUAGAAGAUUUGAAUGCUUCCAAAAUGUUAAGAAGCUCCUUUAAUCAUCAAUGAUUAUAGUAUUAUUGUGUGCCAGCUGACAUUACAAAAUAAAAUUUAGGCCUAUGUUAGUUAUGAGGUUACUGCAGUAGGGAAACCUAAUUUACCAUUGUUAAAGAGAGAUGAUUUUUUUUUUCAUUUGGGUUUGAAAUAUGUGGCAUUUUUAAUUUUGUUUAAAAAGUAAUUCUACAAAUUUUAAUUUGACUGAAUGUUAAAUGUAAAACAUGAAGUGUGUUAUUGUUCUUUUACCAUAAAUUAUGUAUUUUGAAAUUAAUAUUAGGUAAUCAAGGUUCUGCUAAGUUUUUAUGUGUGCAACAAAUGUCUGGUGUGUUCAGGAACUGAAGUUCUGUACUAGGUGGCGUUUUUGACAGAAUUGUGCAUAUUGCUGUAAAUGUAAAGUCCUGCUCUUUUCUACCUCCAGGUUUUUAUUUGUUUGUUUAGAAGGUUGUCAUUCCAGAAUUUUGGUGUCUGCUUUGAGUGAGUGCAGAGAAGAAAUAACCUAGUUGAUAUCACUACUAGUGACAUAUACUUUUCUUUUGUCAAUAUUGAUGCCAGAGGUGUGAAAGCCAUCUGAACAUCAGGUUUGUAUCUUGUCCUGCAAGAGAUUAGUUUCCUCACACUUUAUUUAAACAUUUUGUAGUCAUCAGAAUCAUGUUAAGAUUUAUUUAUCCUCUUGACAUGCUAUGUUAAGCUGAAUUCAAAGCAGUGUUGUAUAUAAACGAGAUGUGUUCCACUGCCAAGCCAUUCGGUGUCAAUAGUGAGGUUAAAUUUCUUGAAUAUUGUUGAAAUAUCAAGAUUUUGUAAAGGCCUGUCAUCAACAUAAGUUAUGCUGCAGUGCAGUUUAAUAUUAGUCCUAAAAACUUUCAAUUUAUUCAAAUAAAUGUAAUAGCAUCUGUUGAUAUGUAUAUAAGCAUCAUAUUUACUUGUAUAAAGCUGUAUGAGCACUAGCUUCAACAGAAUUUUGAGCCCUGUUGGUACGACAAUCUUCACACAUAUGAUCUGUUGCCUUUUUUAUUGUUGGAAUAUAACUUUUGAAAUGCUGCUUCAUGAUUUAAGUUCAUCCUUUUUUUUUACCUGAAUGAAGGCACUAAUAAUAUGCCUUACAGUUUUUUGUGUACAGGCAUUGAGUGUGACAAAAAUAUUUUUGAUGAAACAUUACUGUAGUUUGGGUGUGAAUGCUGAAUCUUUUAGUAAGCAGUAUUUACACUGGUAUUUAUCCCUGCUGUUAAACUUGCCCCUGAUGAGUAUCGACUUUCCAGUCAUGGAUUGAUCUAUGAAAGUACCUGAGUACAGAGGUUGAAACAAAGCCAAUUUCAGAAUCAUGCGGGGGCUAUAAUCAUUACCACAAGUGCCUAGUAUUAAAAUUACUGCAUAUAAAACAAAAAAGAUACAAAAAAUACUUAGGCCCCCCAUGCUUUUGAAAUUUAUAUUUGUGCAUUUCUCUUCAGUUUUUUUUGUCUUGACAGUAAACAAACUUUUCAUAUAUAUUUGUUUUGCUCGUUUGGGUUUUAACAUGUUGCAGGUUAUAACUAACAUUUUAGAGGAGCACACCUCUGUGCAUUCAUUUCAAACAUGGUACCCAUCUGCAAGACAAGACCUUAUCCCCAGAAGACCGUAGUAAACAUCUUCACCACCAGAAGAACCUCAGAUUUUCUUUUCCUAUUCCCAGCCUACGGGAAAUAAAGUUGUUUGAUGUACAUAUUUCCCUUCUCAGGUAGCUCUCAAGAAUUUCUGAAAAUACUUGUGCUGUAAUGCGUUGUGUGACACAAGCAGGAAAUGAUAAUUUUUGUAUAUGAGUUGAAGCUAGAUUCUGCUUUCCUGUCACAAAUGAAACCCUGAGUAGAAGUUGAUCCACACAGUAUUCUGUCCAUAUGGCCUAAUCGACAUGUCUCACGGAAUAGACGUAUGGCAUUGUGCCAUUCACUUGCCCACUUCAUAAUUGUUUAUUCAGGAAUAUGAUAAUUUCUGAUGUCAUGUAAGGAACAACUCAUGUAGAAUUUGAGGUUCUCACUGCGGUGUGUACAAAGGUGCUGUCAUCUGGGUUGUAGCACCAUGUAGCGUGGUGGAAGUUUACAAACAUUUUAGAGGUCCUUACUGCCCCCAUCAUUAGGGUUGUGAGGAUCAUUGACCUGAAACAUUGGUAAAUAACUAUCAGACUACAUGGUGCUUCAACCCAGAAGACAGACAUCAUUAAUCCAUGAUAUUGCCUUUAUGUUCAUCUGAGUCUGGAGGUAAAAUUCCAAUAUGUAGAAACAUUGUCAACCAUCAUUUUAGAAUAAGAAAUGUAGCUGUGGUUUAAUGAAUGCAUGAUUUCAUUCUAAAUUUAGUCAUUGGUCCUAGGUAUUUUCUCCUCAUUGUGAUAUUGUAUUUCACUAAUGCCAUUCUUACAUGGCCUGUUCACAGUGUCUCUGGUUAUCUUCAGAAUUGUCUGUUUGAUGUACAUAACAUUCUUUAAUUUGAAGAUUGUGCUUAGUACGUCUAGAACUUAACAGUGCUUAAUUUGUGAUAGAUCUAGCUGAGUGUAAGAUUUAGAAACAUCAUAAUAACUAUAAUAAAACUAAUUAUAAGGGUUGGCAAUAAAGUGGCAACACUGCUGUAUGUGUGAAGAAUCAUACAAAGGUUGUUGAUCAUGUCGUUUGCCUGUAGCAUUACAGGCAGCUAGUAUGUUAGCUGUUAACACUUGUGCUCACAAUGCAAAGUGUUUGCAAACCUGCAAAGUUAAGUUGUCAUAACCAGCACUCUGAAAUCAUGUUUACAUAGUCAGAACAGUGCUCCUGGAAAAGAAUUUAUAUUGCAUGAGACUUGUAUUGUAGUGUAAAAGAUUGUUGGUGAAACCCACAGUAAUCGUGCAGCAUUGAAUCUUUACCGUUUUGGAUUGUCAAACAGUUGUCAGCAUUUCACAGUGGGUAGGGCAGGACGAAGGAUAGCAUUGUGCAGUGUGACUGCUAUUCUGAACCAGAACAUUUGACUUAUGUGGCCAUUCAUGUGGACUGAUGGCAGAUGUUGCAUGAGCAAGCCGUGAAGUGGCAUCUCACAUGCCGAAAGAGAUCCUUUGAAUGUCCAUGUUUACAUCAUGUUGGGGUUCACCAUCAUCUGUGUAGCAAAGGUAGCAUCAUUAUAGAUGUGAUUAUCACAUAGAACAAUACCACAGUCCCAGACCACAUAGCCAUGGAUGAAAUUCACGUACUAUCAUACAAGCCCAAACUGAAAUGACACUUGAAUGAAUGGCACCAUCCAGAGUCUUGUCAUUUGAAGGAACUAUGCCAAGAACCAACUAAUAUCAGAGUUACGCUGAUUAUUGUGGUGUUAAGCACUCGUAAUGUUAUAGUCUACAUGCUGUCCCACAUGACCAGACUUUCAGCAAACUGUGUGGUGGUCUGGGUUGUGAUGCCGCGUGGACUUUUUGGUAGGUACCAACAUUUCAGAGGAACAUGCUGCCUUAAUGUUCUGGCAGAAUGUUGGUACCCAUCUGCAAGCCCACGCGGCAUCACAACCAAAAAGACUGUCUUUGACACCAAUAAUUUUUCAUGACAGUACACAUGUAUGUGGCUGCCAAGGCUGAUGUGGUGGCUGUGGGAAACUUUUGAACACCCAAAAUAUUCAUUGGACAUGAGCUCGUCCGAUUUACUUCUUUCAAGAGCUGGAUGAAUCUCUGCGGGGGAAGUAGUUUUGCCAGAGAGAAAAAAUCCAGUAAGAAGUGAAAAAUAUUCAGUCUGCGUGUGGCAUCUGUCGCCUUCCAAGAGUGUGGGAAAGUGGUAUUAGUGUCACUCCUGGCUCAUGUGUUCAUCUGGCAUGUUGUUAUUACUGACUGCAGCGUAAUGAAAAGUACGGUGAGUGGCAUCCAGUGAAGUUCAUGACAAAUUUCAUGAAAAUGUGUCAUUUGGUUCAGAAGCUGGCAGAGGAGGCAAGCACAUAGACUUUAUUUUAUUUUUUUUAGGAAAGGAAAGUUGGUUAAAAUAUGGUUAUGUUACAAAAUCUUGUGAUGUUAUAAAAUUGUGUUAUCUGUUUACAAACAAUUAUUUGUCUUAGUUCCUGGAACCAUUUCAUUACAAAUUAAGCUCUGGGAAUUAUUAUUAUAUUUGCAAGUAUUGUGACUUUUCUUCCAAUGUGGCUUUUACAUCUUUCUCAAAGGUGUGCAUAUUGUGAAGAAUAUAAAUUUAGUUAUCACAUCACAUGCAGAAUCUCCGCAAUUCAAAUGUUGCAGCCACACUUUUUACAUUGUUUAUUACAUGUAAUAAACUGUCACUCAUAGCAAGAAUUUCCUUAUAAAUACAUUUUCAGGAUGUUUCAUUUGCUGUGUUGAACACCUCUGGCAUUAUAUAUUAACAGUUUUCGUUUCUCCAAAUGUGGAACAUUUGGACAGUAUUAUUAAUCAGUCUCAUUCUGGUAUAACUCUGUGUGUCUGAUUUGUAUAGUUGUAAAGAUUAUAGCCUUUAUUUAGCCGUAGUAUGUAAUUUUUGUAGACAGGCAAAUAGUAUAUAUCUGUUAGUUUUUUACUUUGUAUGGUUCGGCUAUAACACAAGUGAAGUAUUAAGGAAUGCUGUUUCAUAACAGGUCUGUUUAGGAUGUAACGUGAUGAUAUGUGGCAACAGAGCACAAAGAACUCUAGGAAUGUGGUGUAGGAAGAAGCCUUCAGCAUUUGAAUCAAUUGUUUUUAUAAAACGGUUUAUCUGUAAUGCAGGAUUUAUCAAGAAUGUAACUGUUGUGUUCUAUCGGGAUAUAUGGGAUCUUGUAACAAGCAUAUGUUUAUGUUGUGUUAAAGUGUAUUGGGGAUAUACCAUUUGGAACGUAGUUGUUACACUCUGAUGAAUUUGUAGUUUGUAUGUGUGUUCAUGUGCAAGAAAUUUUUCUUUCAUUUGUCACUUGCCCUGUUAUGAAGAUUGGUGUUAGAAUAAGAUUCUGUACUAUAGCAGAUUGUGAGUAGUUGACAAACCCACGACUCUUCCUUCUACCCUUCUCUCUCCUUCCACUGUUGCUCCUUAUUAUCGCUGAUAUUCACAAUUCUCACUGGGCUUUUUGUGGUUGUGAAUGUGAGAGUUUGGUCCCUUAUCAGCAGCAUCCCUGGCCCUUGAUUUCGUUCCCGUUUUGGGUUAUGAUUCCCAGUGGUGAUUGUAAAUGUGAAUCCCAAAAAUAGGUGGGUUCCCAAUUGUUAUUGCAACAGUUUCCCUUAACAUUAAAAAUGUAACUUGUUCAGUAGUCACAAGACAAAGAAAAAAAAUCCAAGUGUUUUAAGAAUAUAAUGUAAUAAUGUUAAUAAUACGUGUUAUGGUUUUUGCUCAAGAGAUAUGCCAUUAUGUCUUGUAGGAAUAAGGGCUGAUAAAUUCAUAUGUAAGUUCUUUUGUAGUUUUAGUAUUUGAAACACAGGUGGUAAAUUUGAAAAUGGUUAUAUAAUUGGUGAUUUAUUGGAAUUUUGAGGAUUUACUAGUUAUUUCACUGAAUAAUCAAUUGCCAUUUUACAGAGUUCAGUGUAAGAGUCAGCAAUUUCCAUAAGUUAGCCGGUUCUUAAUGUUCUCUGAAAUCGUCAUUCAAGAGGGCCAGAGAGAUUUAAUUAAUUAAUUGUUUUUAACUGGCUUUUCUUCUCACAAAUACACUUUUCUCUCCUGUGUCUAAUGGCAUACAAAGAGGGAUGGGAACAUAAUGCCAAUAAUAAUUUAGUGAAAGAAGAAAUAAGCCAGAAUUUAAACAACAAAAAUAUUUGAAAUAUGCUCUCACAAUACUUGUAACCAAUUAAUUAAAUUGUUCAAUGGGCUGUUUUAAUUGUCUUCAGUUUGUAUCUGCAUAUCUGUAAAUACUACAAAUAACACUUAACACAAGUUUGUAUUAUACUCUUACUGUUACUAUUACCACUACUAUUGUUAGUAUUACUACCAUUAUGCGUAGAGGUAGACAUACCGGAGUGUAUUUUUUUGGCUCUAGUAUAGUAAAAAUAUGUACCAUAAAGAUUAAUAAUAAUAAUAAUAAUAACAAUAGUAAUAAUAAUGUAUUAAUAUGAUAAUUGUAUAUUCCUUUACUAAACUGUUGUUGAUAUAAGGAGUAAGUACUGAUUUGUUAUGGCAAGCAGAGAGAAUUUUUAUCUUUCAGACUGCAUUCACUUUAAAGGACAGGCUCUUUUAAACUUGGCUGCACGAGUACAGUCUUUAUCUUGAUUGAAAAGUUAUAUGACUGUAAAUGGGAUAUAUUUAUAGCGACACUUAUGUAGUGGGCAGCAGAAAUUCCUGUGUAGUUUUCAUUUUCAUUAGACUUACCAGUGUUUCAGUUGGAAACAAAUAUCCAAGUAAACUAUUGGAAUAAUUUUUUUCCCUAAUUGCAGUGUAGAGGUCUCCAAAUUAGUGACUAUAGGUGCAGUACAAGUCUUUAUACAUCAUAUUCUGUUUUCUUCUCACCCUCAGACAUUCCCAUGAUGUUGUCUUGUAACUGAUUGUGAAGUUAUAUUUAUGUGAAUGGGAAUUACUACAGAAGUUUUGGUGAUAAAGGAACAUAUGUAAGUAGUCAGUAUUAGGUGAGAUUUCAGGUUCUGACAGCAGAAAGUAUGAAGAUGGCUUUCUUUCAAGGUCAUUUCACUGAGUAGUCUUGUAGAAGUUUACUGAUAUUUCAGAGGUGGUUGCUUCCUCUAUCAUUGGGGCAAUUACCCUGAUGAUGGAGGCAGCAGGCAGUCCUUUAUUUAAUCACAAACUCUUCAUACAUUACAACUCAGCAUGAUAAUAUCAACUUACUGAAUUAAAACUUGGAUGGGCUGUAAAAUCUUCAAAAUGACACCAUAAAAAUUUAAUAUACAAAACUGGAUGAAUACUGUGUAAGAUAUGAGGUUUUCACAGUGAUGAAAAUUUGUCUUAUGAGUUAAGCCUAAAUGUAGGAUCUGAGGAUGGCUAUUUUCUGGGUUGGAGUGCCAUGUGGUCUGGCAAAAUUCUACCAGACUAUGUGGCACUCCAACCCAGGAAACAGCCAUCUUCUAAGUGUAAGUGAUUUGAAAUCAAUAAGAAACAAAUAGGAUUUGAGGUUAUAAUGGCAGUCUGUUGGGUUGUAGUGCCAUUAGCAGACUACAUGCCACUGCAACCCAGAAGACAGCUGUCUUCCAAGAAAAAACACUUACACUGUACAAUUCUGGAUGUAAUGGGGGGUAAUAAAACCUCUGACACAAAAAACAGAUCACAUCAGCAUGGCAUUGAACUUAUUAAUAAACAAACUGAGAAGUGUCAUAUCAUUUAUACUUAAAAAUUGUGAUCUGCCUCAGAAGUUUAUAAUGAUUAAACAUAUUAUAAUUAUUUUUA